ACAAUUGGUGAUAUGACUCAAAAUCGUUCUCAAUGGUUGGCACCGAUGCAUCCACACCUUGUGACUUAUGAUUUCCAAUGAAACUAUAUCGUUCUUCGUUAUUACUACUCUUUUGUCUCACACCUCUGUUUACUGUCUCUGUUAUUCAUUUCCUCUUUUUUCCUGGUUUGCCUUGUGUGCUACAAGGAGGGAGUGUGGGGACUUGAAGUGCUGCACAUCGGUGGAAAGUUCUAUUUCGAAAACAGAGAGGCUGGUUGUUGUUGUUGCUGUCGGUAAUGGUAGUUGGUUGCCUUCAUCACCUCCGUCUUCUCUAUGUUCACUUGGAGUCGUUUCUUCGCUUCCUGCCUGCUUCUUCAGCCAGUUGGUUGCCAGUUUCCGCCAGCCUGCAAACCUUCGACUUUGUUUCACAUUAGAUACAUAUCAUCCACACGCAAAAUUCACAUCUUCUGGAGUCUCCUUAUCAGUAGUCCAGCGAAUUCCUGUCUCCUCGCUGCCAACUCGCAGUCUAGUGCAUAAUCCAGUCCAUUGCAAUUAGAAAUAUCAUCGUGGGGGAUAAUAGGCAGUCAGGUAGACAGGCAGGCUGGUUGGCUGGUUAGUUUGUCUUACUCCCGUAUUCUCUUCGAACGCCUCUCUGAGUUUCCCGUUGGUGAUCAUCUGACUACCACGCGGCAGGCAUUGUCAUAUAGUCAACUGCUGAAUGAGGUUGACAAAGACUUGAGAACUGCACACCACCGUAGUAUUGAUGUAGUUUGCAAAUUACUCCUCUGUCAACACUGACUGUCGAAGGCCUUUUCUUAGUCGAUGAAGGAAGUUGAGUUAGAGAGAGGUUUGACUGUCAUUCUAUGCUUUGUUCUGUGAUGGCGAUGCGUAGAGUUGGAAUUUGAUCAGCAGAUGAUUUGCCUUUCGUGAAUUCGGUCAUCUCGCUGUGGUCGGUGGGUGGUGGGGUUCUGGAUCCAGUGCAUCUUUCAGUCACUCCAGGAUGACGCGACAUAGUAUUUUGCUUGGCGUGGACAAGAACAUUAUUCCACGCCA